AUGACUACAGUAUUACCAUUAGAUCAUACCUAUGUCUUGCCGACAAAGGUUAUAACAAAUCAGAAUGAACUAAAUCAGUUCUUGGCAACUGAUACAGCUCGUUCAUUAUUGUCAUUCAUUCAACGAAUGGGUGAUGGUGUCGUAGGUCUUGCCAACGAUGCACCAUGUACAGUAUCACAGGCAACAGAGUCAAUAUUGAAUAUGUUGGAUAUAAUGUCGGGAUGGAUCGAUGAGAUACCACCUCUAGCACAGCCAAUGAGAUACGGAAACAAAGCAUAUCGUACUUGGCAUCAGAGAAUGGUGGACAACAUUGCAACAUUACAUCAACAGAUGCUGCCACAGAAUCUACAUCACGCAAUUGUAGAACUAUGCCCUUAUAUCAUUGAUGCGAUGGGCAACGCAACACGACUGGACUAUGGCACAGGUCACGAACUGCACUUUGUCGUAUGGAUGUACUGUCUGCGCGCCAUCGGCUUUGUCAACCAAGACGACGAGAAGGCGUUGGUGCUGCGUGUCUUCCCUCGCUACCUAUCGUCAUUGGCUCGCAAGUUACAGACUGUCUAUGGACUUGAGCCGGCUGGCACCCAUGGAGUGUGGAGUUUGGACGACUACCAAUUCAUACCAUUCAUCUGGGGCGCCGCUCAACUGACCGACAACCCAAGCAUCAAGCCCGUUGACAUACUGAAAGCUGGCGUAGUCGAUCAGAACUACAACAACUACAUGUAUCUGGCUUGUAUUAAGUUCAUCAAUACUGUAAAGAAGGGACCAUUCCAUGAGCACUCACCAGACUUGUAUAACAUAACUGGCGCUGCCAGCUGGGCCAAGAUACACCAGGGCAUGAUGAAGAAGUUCUACGCUGAGGUCAUGACCAAAGUUCCAAUUAUCCAGCAUUUCCUCUUUGGAAGCAUUUUGCCAUUCUCCACAGGUGCCUCCAAUAGAUCA